UCCUGAUUUUGAAAAUUUUUUCCAAGUCGCCAAGUCGCCAUUCUUUCUAAAACUGGAGUAAAUUUCAUUAUAUUUUGCGUUUAAAUUGAGGAAUGUGAAGUUUUUUUCGUUAUUAACUCGAUUAUGAACCUCUAAGAAGUGUCGAGCAACAUCAUGCACGAUAAAGCGAUAACCAAACCGGAGAUAAUCCGGAUUGUGGUCCAAUUAUCUCUCCUCUCAUUGGGGACAUUUUUCUCAGUAAGAUGGCUUAUUUCUCAAUUGGAUCCGACAAGUCGUCAAAAGAAAAUAGCCAAAAAGAAGGCUAAGGAACAAUUGAAUAAAUUGAGGAUCCCCGAUGCCAAUCUGAACGAUUAUGAAAUGACGAUAGCCAGUCAUUUGGUCAACCCCGAAGAUAUAAUGGUGGAUUGGUCUCAGAUUGCUGGUUUAGACGAUGUAAUUCAAGAAAUCAAAGAAACCGUCAUCUUACCGGUUGUAAGAAGUGAUCUAUUCUACGGUUCGAAACUCACUCAACCCCCUAAAGGCAUCCUAUUAUUCGGUCCACCUGGUUGUGGAAAAACCUUGAUCGCCAAAGCCACAGCGAAAGAAGCUGAUAUGCGUUUCAUCAAUCUCGACGUUUCCAUUUUAACCGAUAAAUGGUACGGUGAAAGUCAGAAAUUGGCCGCAGCUGUGUUUUCGUUGGCUGUGAAAUUGCAACCUUGUAUUGUAUUCAUCGAUGAAAUCGAUUCAUUUUUACGACGUAGGAAUUCGCAGGAUCACGAAGCCACCGCUAUGAUGAAAGCUCAAUUUAUGUCUUUAUGGGAUGGUCUUAUUACCGAUCCCGACUGUACCGUUAUUGUUAUGGGAGCGACGAAUCGACCUACUGAUUUGGAUAAAGCUAUUCUUCGCAGAUUACCGUCCUCGUUUUAUAUUCGUUUACCGGGUGUCGAACAAAGACGUCAGAUUUUGAAACUCAUCCUAGAUGGAGAACCUCUUGAAAACGUAGAUAUCGAUCGUCUUGCCAGUAAAACUGACGGAUUCUCUGGUAGUGAUUUGAAAGAGCUAUGUCGUAAAGCUUCUAUUUACAGAGUUCGAGAUUAUUUCAGAAAUCGUUCGUCAACAUCUGGUACAUCUGAUCAAGGAGAAGAAAGAUCACCUCGCAGGAUCACAAUGCAAGAUUUAGAAUUAUCGUUGGAUAAAAUGAAAGAAACCAGAAUGCACAGCGAAACAUUACCGUUGGAGUGAUUCGCUAAGCUGUCGACGCUUUUUAGUACUUUAUAACAUACUAUGUCUUUUUUUUUGUGGCAUUAACACUGUCCUAGGGAGUUUUUUUUGUUUUUCGAAGAUUGAAAAAAUUUUUUCGUUGUAAAACUCAUCAUGCAUCGUGUGUUCGCACAGAUUUUUAUUCGUUGUGAUUAAUAAUUAUCGCGGUAGUUCGUGAGAAUUACACGUACUUGCUCUUUAUAUACAUACUACAUUGUUGUACUUGUAAAUUAUGAAAUUUUUAAGCAUUUGAGAUGCCUUUCAAAAAUGAUUGAUAGGUAUCGCUUUUAGUGUAUAUUUUUUUCAAUGUUUUAAACGUGUAAGAGAGGGAACCCUUUAAUGUACAGUAUACAGAGUAUUGUCGACGAAAGGGUAUUUUUAUCGUUGCAUUUUUCGUAGUAUUUACUUAGGUUUACGAUGUGUCAUGUUCAUGUACAUCUACAUUAUUCCUUUUCGGAACGUAAACACGUGUUUGAUAAAGUUAUACACAUAGUGAUGGAUGUUAUCGUCUAGUUCUCUUAUCUGUUUAGUCGGAAGUUGGCCAUAGCUUUGAUUUUUUUUUUUAAAACUAAUUCGAAAAGUGUUUAGUGAUACGCUUAUCUUUUACAAGGUAGAGUUAUGUAGAAAACACACCAGUCUAAAUUUAACGUUAAAUUCGUUUUGCUGAUUACGAUUGUUAUUACUCGUUAAAAAUAAAUGUUCAUUUUCAAAAUGA